AUGUUGAAAACUGCUCCCAGAAUAUAUCAUCCUUUCAUUCCUACAAGAUGCCAAUUAACAUACACUUCUUUUUUUAAGAAACAUUCCGUGUCUUCUCUUUCCCUUCGGCAGAUCUUUGGGUAUAGAUCAAUAAGUGGAUCUAAUCAGGACAAAACCAAACCUUUAGCAGCUGUUAAAAAGCCUCUGUUUUCACGUUUAUCUGAAAGAAUAAAUGCAUAUGCUCAUUUGUCCCGUGCCUAUAAUCCGACUGGAACAUUCUUGCUUUACAGUCCGUGUACAUGGUCAAUUCUAAUGGGCGCUUAUUCCGUUAAUAGCAGCAUGUUCGAUGUAUGUAAGAUACUUGCGCUUUUCGGGGCUGGUUCCUUCUUAAUGCGAAGUGCUGGAUGCGUUGUCAAUGAUCUUUGGGAUCGAAAGUUGGAUGCUAAAGUUGAACGGAGCAAAUCAAGACCAUUAGCUAGCAAGUUGGUUAGCGUCCGUGAGGCUGUAUCAGUUUUAGGUGUUCAGUUAACUGCAAGCCUUGGUAUCCUUCUACAGCUCAAUCCUUAUACAAUUAAAUUAGGUGUUGCAUCUCUCCUUCCUGUUUGCAUUUAUCCUGCUAUGAAGCGAGUAACCUACUAUCCACAAGUCGUCCUUGGUUUAACAUUUGGAUACGGUGCCGUCAUGGGAUGGCCGGCUUUAGUGGGAGAAGCUUGUAUGAAUUGGUCAGUUGUUGCUCCCCUGUACCUAAGUACAGUAUCCUGGAUUGUCUUGUAUGACACUAUUUAUGCCCAUCAAGAUAAACGUGAUGAUGUGAAAGCUAAUAUUUAUUCUAUGGCUCUUCGCUAUGGUGAAAAUACCAAACCACUUCUGACAGGCCUAGCUCUUUUCCAAUUGAGCAUGCUUACCACUGCCGGUAUAUGCAACAAUCAAGGGCUUUUGUUCUAUACUGUGGGUGUUGCAGGAACUGCUUACCGCAUGCUUUCCAUGAUCUAUAAAGUAAAUUUGGACUCCCCGAAGGACUGCUUUAGCUGGUUUAAGACAAACUCUAAUACAGGCUAUUUGAUAACUGCUGCCAUCGCUUUGGACUGGCUUGCCAAAGCUUAUACCUCUUAA